UCUUAUAUUUGGAAUUUGUAAGUUAAAAUGCAUUAGUAGUUGUAACUAUCAAGUUAUUCGUUAUUCGGUUAGUUGUUCACUUUCGAACGAUGUUCUUUAUCAAAAACCGUAUAGUAUUAAUAACCCACUUGUUGAGAGAUGUUUAGUAAUUAAUCUUAUACCAAACAAUUAUUCGCAAUUUAGUUAGUAGUUCCUUUCGAAACAUGGUGGUUUUUUCUCCAAGAACAUUUAGUAUCAAUAACUCGAGUUGUUGAGAGAAAUUGAAUAAUAUAAUCUUAUAGUAUUUACUAACACACAUCCUCGUAAGAAAGUCAACUUAUAUGAAAUUGAAAUUUGAACAAAUAUGAAUUCUAUGUAAUUAACAAAUGCGGUUGCCAAGAUUCAAACGCAAAACCUCACGAUCAACUAUUCUCACUUAGACACACACUAAUUUUUAGUUAACAAAUUUCCUUAUGAGUGACCCACCCUGUUACACUCUUCUCAACCCGUGUCUUGUACUCUGUAUCCUUUUAACUCAUUUGUUCGGAUGAUAUCGCCCGAGUUCUGACUUAAAAUUUAUUUUUCAUAAAAAAAAUAAUAUUGGCUUGAAAAAGUUAAACUUGGAAUCUUUAACAAAUGCAUUUGUUAACAAAAAUAAUUGGAAAACGCAUAAAAAUUAUUUAAAAAUACCAUCGUGGAGUGUUUACUUGGCAUACCAUUGCCGCGAACCUUCUAAGUUCUAUCCUUGCCAUCAUCGCAUGCCUGCCACUCCGCCAUUGUUAAUCAAUUCCCUGAUCCAAAACAUAAAAACCUCAAAUUCCAGUAUCGGCCAAAAAAGCUUCUUCACUUUCCUCCGCUCCCCUUUAACCCUUCCUUUUCUUCUCCUUUCACGGAAGACCCACACCAAGAAACAAGAAAGUAUCGAUUCCGGAAUCCGAUUCAGAUCCACCUUUGCAGAAUCUCCCGGUUUGCUACUGAUCUACUCAACACAUACAAUCCACUGUGGCAGACUGAAACUUCCACACAUCAAGUUUCUCAGACGAUGCUACACCAUCUCCCUCCUCUCCGACCUGCUUCGUAAACAGAGGUCAGGAUAAAUAUACGAAACCUAUGUCUCCUAUUAUAAUCUCGAGGAAUGCCGGUUGGGUUUUAUUAAUCCAUCGGUCGUCAUCUGGUAGGUUUCCGAUCAGUGGAUUGCAGUUGAUUGUCGGCGAAGCUACCAUAGCCAAUUUCGGCAUUCUGCCAAAAUUGGAGCUGUGGCCGCUAGUUCUGUAUAUAAGCAGAAAUAACGUUUCUGACAGGAGAGACAAAAGGGGAAAGAGAAAUAUUAGGCGCAAAAAAGGAACUUUAACCGAUAAGAAAUCGGUGAGGGGUAGGGAAAGAAGCCGAGUUACGUGAGCGAGUCUAGCAGCGAACUCGAGGCUUUGUUGAUUUUUGUUGCAGAUAUUCAUGGGAGCAAAGAACUCGAGGGAAGGGAGCUGGAGGUCGGAUUCCUCUGUAAGGUCUGCGGCGGCAUCUUCAUGGGAUUAUGUUCAACAACCUUAUUAUGGGCAGCCGUAUGGUCAAGACGGCUACGGAUAUGGCUAUCCGCCACCCCAGCAACCUCCCACACAGCCGAACUAUCCUCCACCGGCUCAAGUGGGAGGUGGUGAUAUAAGGCGGCUUGAUAGAAAGUAUUCGAUAAUUGCCGACGACUAUAAAUCCUUGGACCAGGUGACUGAAGCUCUUGCACGUGCUGGACUUGAAUCAUCAAAUCUCAUUGUUGGAAUUGACUUUACGAAGAGCAACGAGUGGACUGGUGCUAAGUCUUACAACAAAAAAAGUUUACAUCACAUUGGAGAUGCCUUGAAUCCCUACGAGCAAGCUAUUUCUAUUAUUGGGAAGACUUUAGCUGCCUUUGAUGAGGACAACUUGAUUCCCUGCUACGGAUUUGGAGACGCUACGACACACGAUCAGGAUGUCUUUAGUUUCUAUCCGGAUGAGAGGUUCUGUAAUGGAUUUGAAGAAGUUUUAAGCCGAUAUCGAGAAAUUGCUCCAAGCCUGAGACUUGCAGGUCCGACGUCAUUUGCACCUGUUAUUGAGAAGGCAAUGACGAUUGUUGAGGAUAGUGGUGGCCAGUAUCAUGUAUUGUUGAUAAUAGCAGAUGGGCAGGUUACUAGGAGUGUUGACACUGAGCAUGGGCGGCUAAGUCCACAGGAGCAGAAGACAGUUGAUGCCAUUGUACAAGCCAGCAAGCUUCCCUUGUCUAUUGUUUUGGUAGGGGUUGGGGAUGGCCCAUGGGACACGAUGAAAGAGUUUGAUGAUAACAUCCCUGCUAGAGAGUUUGAUAAUUUCCAGUUUGUAAAUUUCACGGAGAUUAUGUUGAAGAACGUGCACCAAUCCCUCAAGGAGACACAGUUUGCACUUUCUGCUCUCAUGGAAAUUCCUCCUCAAUACAAGGCAACGAUGGAACUUGGACUAUUGGGUCGUAAAAGGGGAAAUAUUCCUCAGCGGGCUGCACUCCCACCUCCUGUCUAUGGGUCCUCAUCUUUUAGUAGCUCCAAAUCUUUCCAGUCUACUACCAGCUCCAAAUCUUUCCAGCCUACUACCAGCUUUAAGCCUACUGUGCCGGUUUAUGAACCAGACACCCAUCCGAUCAGCUCAGCACCGCCAAUCACAAGUUCAUCCUACGAAAACCAGCUUUGCCCUAUCUGCCUCAGCAACGCGAAGGACAUGGCAUUCGGCUGUGGGCACCAAACAUGUCGCGAGUGUGGUGAAAACGCAAACCUUCAACUGUGCCCUAUCUGCCGGACUCCGAUCAGCACCAGGAUAAAACUCUAUUAAACCGUGGGCGAAAGGAUGAAGGGUUUGCCUGCCUUUUGUAACUAAUGCGUGGCUUUCUCCAGUAAUAUUGUAAUUCGUUUAUUCAAUGUUAUUAUUUUGGAUCUGCUGGUUUCAGUUGUAGGCUUGAAAUCUGCUGGUUUCAGUUUUAGGCUUGAAAUUUGUACAUACAGAAAUGGAAAACCAUUUUUCUCCAGUUUCCUGAUCGCUAACGCCCAAUUUGGUCCCCCUUCUUAUGAGUACUAUUUUCUGAAUGAAUAUAAACAGAUAGAAGCUUAACAAACCAGCAAGAGAGCAUGUGAGAAUGUUGAUUACAGAAUUUACUGUAUAUGCGGUAUUCUUUUCGGAACAUAGUCAUCUCAUUAAAUGCUUGUUUGGCUGUAUUUCGUCAUCUAAUGUCCAACUUUUAGGAGUAAUCUCAUUAAAUGCUUGUUUGGCUGUAUUUCGUCAUCUAAUGUCCAACUUUUAAGAGUAGUCCAAGGAGUUUGAUAAGUAGCAUAUUUUCUACAUGUAUUAAACUAGGAGGCUAGGAAAGCACUAUUGGUGGAGGCAAAUGGUGUGAAUAGUGUUUGUGUAAUUUUUAGGGGAGAACAAGUUUUUUCUCUUAGUGUUAGGGUGUGGUACCAUAGGCAGAGCCAGCUUAUAUUGUCCUUGUAUCCAACAAUUACAAGUAAUAUAAGAAUAUUUUGUCACUAUAUCAUAGCUCAUUACCUGUCUAAUAAUUGAUUAAAAAUAAAUAUUUUAUGUGUUCCAUUCAUGAUAAUUAUUCGACAAUAACUUGUUGGGUAUUAUCAUGAUAUGAGAUUUCGUUAAUUGAAAGAAAUUGAUGAAUUGUCUCGAAUAAUGAUGGAGAAAAAAUAUGUAAGUCAUAUCCAUCAGUUUAUUUGCUUCUGAAACUAGUUUUGAUUCUACCCGUUGCAACUGUAACUCUGUAAGUGCAGAAAUAACAUUUUUAGCUUGAACUAUACUAAUAUAAAGUUUCGAAGUCGAAUUGACGAUCAGUUUGCUAAAGAUUGUUUAAUAGGAUACAUUGAAAGAGGCUUAUUUAAGAGUAUAGACAACGAAUGUAUUUUGCAUUGCUUUGAGAGAAUGAAAAUUCGUCAUAAUUGUUUAUGCAAACAUUAAUUAUAUUAGUCGAUAAUUUCUUUAUUUAUAUUAAUUAUAUUUUUAAAAGAGGCCAGGGGUAGUUUCAAAUCAUGCCUCCGCCACUGUGUGGUCAUACAAUAAAAUACUUUUGUUGAACCUAGUUCUUCUAUGUUCCAUGUUCGAAACUAGCUAGCCGCAUUCUUUAUAUUUUUAUAAAACUUUCUUGCAACUCGCAAUGGUAAAUUUAAUCCUUUAAGUUGCAUAAUUUGUUUGAUAAAUCCUAUACUUUCAAAUUAAAUUAAUUAAGUUCUUGGACUCUUGAAUUGGUAAUUUAAGAAUUCUUUGCUAUAGUCAAUUAUAGUAAUUCUUUUGAAACACUAAUACAAAGGAUAAGUAAAUUUUCAAUUAAGAAUAUAUUGAAUAAUAUGAUAUCUAUCGACUUGUAUAGUUAAACUUUUUUAUACAAUUUGCUCAUUGUUAUGAACAUAACCCUAUAGAAACUUUAGAAUAAAUUAUAUGUUAAAUU